ACUUAAAAAAUAAUUUGGACCUUGAGCUGGGCGAGCGCUGUGGGCCGAGCAGGGGCUGCAGGGCAGUGGGAGUGCAGACUGAAACAAUGCAGGCCACCGGGUCGCUACUCAUUUCUCCGGCUAUGGUCCGCUGUUGUACCAGGGGCCUACUCAGGUCUGUGUCUGCCUCCUUCCUGAGCAGGCCAGAGGACUUGCCUAAACAGCCUCCCUGCAGUAGCUCCCCACUCCAGGUCGCCCGGCGGGAAUUCCAGACCAGCAUUGUCUCCUGGGACAUCUACACGGCGGCCAAGUUCAUCGGUGCUGGGGCCGCCACAGUCGGCGUGGCUGGCUCAGGAGCUGGCAUCGGCACAGUGUUUGGCAGCUUGAUCAUUGGCUACGCCAGGAACCCGUCUCUCAAGCAGCAACUCUUCUCCUAUGCCAUUCUGGGUUUCGCGCUGUCCAAGGCCAUGGGGCUCUUCUGUUUGAUGUUCGCCUUCCUCAUCCUCUUCGCCAUGUGAGGCUCCGUGGGAGUUGCUCACCUGUUCCUGCUGGUUGGACUCCAUGCCGAUCCUGGUGCUGGAGUGCGCUGAACUUUACCAUUAAACGACGUUUCUCUACACCCAAAAAAAAAUAAUAAUAAUAAUAAUUUGAGGGUUCUGUGCUGUGAUAUACCAGCUAAAGCUGCCGCCAGCAGCACUGGCAUCCCAUUUGGGUGCCAGUUCAAGUCCUGGCUGCCCUAGUUAUUUUUUAUUUAUUUUUUUAAUUUUUUGUUUGUGUGUGUGUGUGUGUGUGUGAUUUAUUUAUUUAUUUGAAAGGCAGAGUUGCAGAAAGGCAGAGGCAGAGAGAAAGGUCCUCUAUCCACUGGUUCACUCCCCAAAUGACUGUAGCGGCUGGAACUGAGCCAAUCCAAAGCCAGGAGCCAGGAGCUUCUUCUGGGUCUCCCACACAUGUGCAGGGUCCCAAGCACUUGGACCAUCUUCUGCUGCUUUCCCAGGCCAUAGCGGAGAGCUGGAUUAGAAGUGGAGCAGCUGGGACUCGAACUGGCACCCUUGGUUGCUGGCACUGUGGGUGGCAGCUUUUCGCACUACGCCACAGCACUGGCCAUCCCAAGUGUCAUUUAACCGCUGCAACAAACAUCCACCCAGAUAAUAACAUUCUUGAUCUGAUGACACAAAUAAUAAAUGUCCGGAAAUUUUUUAAAGUAUUAUGGGGGUGGGCACUGUGGCACAGUGGGUUAAGACAUUACUUGGGAUGCCUACAUCCCAUAUCCGAGUGCCAAUUGAAUCCCAAUUACUCUACUGCUGAUCCAGCUUCCAGGAAGACAACAGAGAAUGGCUCAAGUACUUGGGUCUGUACCACCCACAUGUGAGAUCUGGAUAGAGUCUGGGCUCUUCGUUUCAGCAUGGCCGAUUGUUGAGGGCAUUUGGGGAGUGAACCAGCAGAUGAAAGAUCUACCUAUGAUCUCUCUUCCUCUUCCUCUUCCUCUCCCUCUUUGACUCUAUCUCUAUCUCUAUCUUUCUCUGUCAUUUGGCUUUUAAAAUAAAAUAAAUCUUAAAAAAAAAUUACCAAGAAAUAAAUGCAAUAAGUACUAUUGUGAUUUUCCUUCCGUGUGUACAUGUAUGUUUACUCCUCCCAUGUUUGUGUUUAUUUUUGUUAUAAAAUUGCAUACACAAAUUUUUCCUACUGUUUAAACACAUUAUAUUAUGAGAACUAUAUUCCAUGUUACUUGUCUCUUGAGAACAUAUUUAAUGCUGAAAAUAAUUCAACAAAUCUGUCCAUCAAAAUUUAUUAACUUUUAAAUUAUUUUUGGACUUGUAGGCUGUCCAUCAGUCAGUAUCCUUCAGAAAAACAAAAUAGUAGUAAUGUAUAUAUGCAUACAUAAAGGGAGAUACAGUUCAGAAAUUGGUUCAUCCAAUUGUGAGACUGGCAAACCCAAAAUCUGUAGGGUAGUUUGGAAAUUCUCUAGCAAGAGCUGAUAUUGUGGGGCUGGCACUGUGGCAUAGCAGGUAAAGCUGCCACCUACAGUGCGGGCUCCCAUAUGGCUGUCCCACUUCUGAUCCAGCUCUCUGCUAUGGCCUGGGAAAGCAGUGGAAGAUGGUCCAAGUCCUUGGGCCCCUGCACCCAUAUGGGAGACCUGGAAGAAGUUCCUGGCUCCUGGCUUCAGAUUGGCUCAACUCUGGCCAUUGCAGCCAUUUGGGGAAUGAACCAGUGGAUGGAAGACUUCUCUCUCCCUCUCUCUGCCUCUGCCUUUCUAAUAAAUAAAUCAUUUUUUAAAAGUUGUUAUUGCAUUUUUAAAAGAUCUAUUUAUUUGAAAGAGUUACAGAGAUGAAGAGACAGAAAGAGGGAAAUCUUCCAUCAGCUGCUCUGCUCCCCAGAUGGCUGCAGUUGCUAGGUCUGAGCCAGGCUGAAGCUAGGAGCCAGGAGCUGCAUCCGGGACAUCCACAUGGGUGGCAGGGACCCAAACACCUGGGCCACCUCCCACUGCCUUUCCCAGGCUAUUUGCAAGGAGCUGGAUCAGUAGCAGAGCAACCAGGACAUGAACUGGUGCCCAUUUGGGAUGCCAGCAUCGCCAUGGCAGCUCUACCCACUAUGCCACAACACCGGCCCCCUGACAUCUUAAGACCGAAUUUCUUCUUUCUCAGGAAAACCUAUUUUCCUUUUAAGGUCUUUCAUUUGAUGGGAUAAGCCCCAGUUACAUGAUCGAGGAUAAUUUCCUUCAUGGAAUAUUUCUCACCUCUACAAAGUUCCUUCACAACAACACCUACAUAAGCAUUUGAUUAAAUAACUAGCACUACUAUAUAAGCAAACCAAUACAUGAAACUGAUCAUCCCAGACCAUCCCUUAGAACUUGGCAUCUAUACAUAUCUUCUUAAACUUUACUUAAUCUCCAAGUGAGGAAAAUAAGAAAAUUGUACUUAACACACAGUACGAUAUAAGUAGCCUUAUUUUUUUUAGAUUUAUUUAUUUAUUUGAAAGUCAGAGUUACAGAGGAAGAGAGAGAGAGAGAGAGAAAGAGAAGUCUUCCAUGUAGGGAGCAACUCGGACUAGACUAAGUUACUGGAAUUAAGACUUAUUCUAUGCAUCUGCUUUCCCACAAUAUGGCGCUGAGAAGGGAAACAGCUUCUAUACAGCUGCCUCCAGUUCAACCAAUAAACUGUAGGACUUGCUCCUGAUUGGAGGAGAGCAGCGUACUCGGCGUGUGGGUAGCAGAGUUGGGAUUGGCGGAAGAGGACUAUAAAGGAGGAGAGAGACAACAUGCACCAGGAACAUCUAGGGGAACAUCUAUUUGAAGGAACACCUGUGCAGCCCCCGAGAGAGCCGGCCGGCGGUGUGCCGCUCCCCCGCGGAAGUGGGGAAAGUGGCCAGGGGGAAUCGCCCUUCCACGGAGGUGGAAGGGAUGGUAGCCAACCCGGGAAGAACCAGCAGCAAACCCGGGGAGGGCCGAGCAGACAGAAGAACACCGCAGGGUCCUGUGUCGUUCCCCCACAAAGACGGGGAGCGACAUAAUGGUGCCGUGACUCGGAUAUGAAGCCUAGGCAGGGUUUAGUGUCGUUCCUCCAUGAAGAGGGGGAGUGACAUAAUGGGGCCGUGACUCGGACAGGAAACCUAGGAGUGAAGAAACGGGAAGAAGUGGAAAAUACCGGAGAGAGAGACUAGCAAAGAGCCUAGGGGAAAGCCGGACGGAAAAGGUGCCGGAAGAAGCUAUCGAAAGCCUAGGCAUAGACUCGGAUAUGGACUGUGGGAAAGAAGUUAGGAUUUAAAGUGAAAGCAAGAAGAAACUUAGACUUAGAUAUGGACUGCAGGUUGAAAGUGAAAGUGAAACCUAGAAGAAACUUAGACUCGGAUGCGGACUAUGGCAGGGAAGCUAGGAGAUUGAAAGCGAAAGUGAAAGCUAGAACAAACAGACUUGGAUACGGACUGUGGGGAGAAGCCAGGAGAAAUGAGGGAGGAAUAUUGUUGGAAGAAAACUUAGGGAAACAUACCGGGUAGAGAAAAAUGUUAGGGAAAUUGAAGCUGCGGGGGCAGGCCGAGGCGGAAACGUAAGCCAGCUUGGAAUUCUUUAAGUCAGCCCGGGGAGCAAAAGGCGAAAAGUUAAACCAGAGGCGGAAACGUGGGCCAGGUUGGAAUCCGUCAGAUUAGCCCGGGGAGCAAAAGACGGGAAGCCAAACCAUAAGGCGGAAACGUAAGCUAUAGGUUGAAUUCCCCAGGUUAGCCCGGGGAACUUCGAUUGAAUGCUAGUGGCGGAAACGUAAGCUACGCUGUGUGAUUCGCGGAAGCCGCCGCGUGCAGAGAGAGCAGGGAGCGUGAAUAGAUAGGGAACGCGGGGCUGGCGCAAGGCCGUGGUGCGGGCGCAAAGGGCGUGGAGACCACGGAGUGUGCGCGCGAAGCCAAGCCGCGCAGAGCCGGGAAGCCGCGCAGAUGAGAGAAACAGAAGUUUAGAAGUAAAAUGAGAGAAAUAGGAAUGCUGGUAGAUAGAAAUAAAAUAGGAGAAAUAGGAAUGCCCGGAGAUAGAGAAAUAGAGAAAAAUAAGGCCUCCCCACAACACGCACGGCAAUGAGAAGGCUUGGAUUCGGUCUGCCUGAUUAGUAAGGCGAUAAGCACCAGCAGGCAGCUCGACCAGAGUAUGAGCUGCAGGUCACCGAAGAUAGGCACGAACCAACACCAAUAAGUCUCCCCACAAGACGGCAAUGAGAGGGCUUGGAUUCGGUUUGCCUGAUAGGGCUUGUAAGCACCUGCAGGCAGUUCUAGCAGAGCAGAGCAUGCGCUGCAGGGCACCAAACACAGGCACGCAUCAGCGCCUAGAAACCUCCUCACAACAUGGCGAAGAGAGGACCCGGAUUUGGUUUGCCUGAUUGGUAGGCUUGUAAGCACCUGUGGGCAACUCUAGCGAACAGAGCAGAGUGUGUGCCGCGGGGCACCGAAGACAGGCGCGUAUCAACGCCAAAAAUAAAAAGAAAGGGGGAUCUGUGGGGAGCAACUCGGACUAGACUAAGUUACUGGAAUUAAGACUUAUUCUAUGCAUCUGCUUUCCCACAAUAUGGCGCUGAGAAGGGAAACAGCUUCUAUACAGCUGCCUCCAGUUCAACCAAUAAACUGUAGGACUUGCUCCUGAUUGGAGGAGAGCAGCGUACUCGGCGUGUGGGUAGCAGAGUUGGGAUUGGUGGAAGAGGACUAUAAAGGAGGAGAGAGACAACAUGCACCAGGAACAUCUAGGGGAACAUCUAUUUGAAGGAACACCUGUGCAGCCCCCGAGAGAGCCGGCCGGCGGUGUGCCGCUCCCCCGUGGAAGUGGGGAAAGUGGCCAGGGGGAACCGCCCUUCCACGGAGGUGGAAGGGAUGGUAGCCAACCCGGGAAGAACCAGCAGCAAACCCGGGGAGGGCCGAGCAGACAGAACAACGCAGGGUCUUGUGUCGUUCCUCCACGAAGACGGGGAGCGACACUUCCAUCUGCUGGUUCGCUCUCCAACGGCCAGAGCUGCACCAAUCCGACGCCAGGAGCCAGGAGCUUUUUCUGGGUCUCCCACAUGGGUGCAGGGGCCCAAGCACUUGGGCUGUCUUCUGCUUUCCUGGUCAAUAGCAGAGAGCUAGUGGUUAGAGAAGUAGAGCAGCUGGGACUCGAACCAGCAUCCAUAUGGGAUGCUGGCACUGCAGGCAGUGGCUUUACCCGCUAUGUCACAGCGCCAGCCCUGAUAUAAAUAUCCUGAGAUCACAAAAUUCUUAGAAUAUUUGUGAUAUCCUAUAAUUUCAAUACUGUGAUAUAAAUUUAACUGGUAUUAAUAUAUUUUAUGUUGUAUGAUAAGCAGAUAAGAGUGUGAAGAAAACAGACAUUUGAUAUAUACACCUAUUCAUAAAUAAAGAAGGAAUAUUAAUAAUAUAUCCUAUUUCUCAUCUCUGCAACUGGUCAAGUGGUCGUAGCUGAUAGUUCCUUUCUCUACCCAUUCCAUAUUUCCUUUGCAGUCAGCAAGCAGCUCAAUUGGUCAUGGCUCUUAGCCUGAUAGAGUGAGCUAACAUUUUCUUCCUGGAGAUAAGUAUUCCUGUCGGGAUUGGGUUGUUGUGGUUUUCUAUUGACUUUAUUCACAGGGCUUGGUACACUGAGUGAAACCCGAUGGGAUCUCCUGUAUUCUAGACGUACUCUUUCUUAUCUGUGUUGUACAGUCAGCAAAGCAGCCCAGUUUGCCCUGAGUAAUCAGGAGCAAUCACCUGAGCCAGUACAAUGACUCCUCCUAUGCUUGUUGAUUCAGAGGCAUGAGGAGCCCAAAGUAGACAUGUGACAGUCUUAACUUCCAGCUCAAUGGGAUCAUUGUCAUCUCACUAAUGAAAGCAUUCUUCCCUAUGGAAUUAAACUUCUAGCAGACAGAACAGAAGGUCAUGGGAAGAAGAAGCAAACAUUUUUCUAGUGGCUCAUUAGGAGUGUCAUUCUCAUUUCCACCCCUUGAUUCCUGGACCUGUUCAUUCUUGCUGUUGGAGAAAUAGCGCCAUAUACUGAAAGCUGGUUUGGAGCACAUACAGCCUCCUGGGGAAAUCCGUGCACAUCUCUGAGUUCAAGGGAUAAAUUUACAGAAUUGUGAGUGCUAAGUCAGUGGAUAUAAGCUUUUUUUUUUUUCUUAAGCAACAGCAAAGUUUCUCUCUCUCUCUUUUUAAAGAUUGAUUUAUUUGAAAGGCAGAGUUACAGAGAGAGAAAGAGACAGAGACAGAGAGAUCCAUUCACUGCUUCACUCUCCAAAUGACCACAGUGGUUGGAGCUGGGUGGAUCCGAAGCCAGGAGCUUCCUCAAGGUCUCCCACAUGGGUGCAGGGGCCCAAGUACUUGGGCCAUCAUCUACUGCUUUCCCAGGCACAUUAGCAGGGAGCUGGAUCAGAAGUGGAGCAGCUGGGACUCGAACCGGCACCCAUAUGGGAUGCUGGUGCUGUAGGCGCUAUGCCACAACACCAGCCCCAUGGAUACAAGCAUUUUUAAAGUGCUUGGUAGCUUAUGCUCAACUGCCCUCCAGGAAGGUUGUGUCAGCAGCAUGAACACUGUCUAUCUCAACACACUGGUAUCAAUACUGCUACUGAAUAUUGUCAUUGUCAGCUACUUUGGAUAAACUUUGCCCAGAAAAGCUUCCUGUUGAGGAAGUGAAUCAGAUGUCUUACAGCCACCAUGUGCCAGGUUUUCUUAGGCAUUGUACAUUGAUAGGAAGCAACUGAGAAGAAAAACCAAGUACUGACUAGGAGGUUAUUGCAGUCAUGAUGAAAGAGGCUUUCAAAGAGGUUACUUCAUCAUUUACUUAUCAUCAUCCCUCCAUCCUCACUAGAAUAGACCGUGCUGAGGCUGACAUUGUAGUGCGGCAGGUGAAGUUGUCACUUGCAAUGCCAGCAUCCCGCCUGGGUGCUGGUUCAUGUCCGAGCUGCUCCAUUUUCAAUCCAGCUCCCUGCUAAUGGCUUGGGAAAAGCAGUAGAAGAUGGCUCAAGUAUUUGGGACCCUGUCACCCACAUGGGAGACCUGGAAGAAGCUCCAGGCUCCUAGCUUCAGCCUGGCCCAGCCCUGGCAGUUGCAGCCAUUUGGGGAAUGAACCAGCAGAUGGAAGAUUCUCUUUCUCUGUGUGUGUGUGUGUGUGUGUGUGUGUGCACGCGCGCGUGUGUGCGUGUCCCUUUCUGACUUUCUAAUAAGUAAACAAAUCUUAAAAAAAAAAAAAUUGACAGUACCCAAUCUGUUUGCUCUUGGCUAAUUUAAAAAGUAUACAAAAACUAGCUUUGUGAUUGAAAAUUCUCAUUUGACAGAGAAAAGAACCAGUUUGUGAUGAACUGGCAGUUCAUGUUCACAUAGAAGUGUAGAAUGGAGUAAAAUAUUGGAACAGUCCAGUGAAUGAACAGAGUACUGGAAUUGAGAUAAGGACCAUUUCUGUGUAUUUACCUAGUUGAUAAGGUAGUUUAAGUUUUAUUUAUUUGAAAGGCAGAGUGGCCGGCGCCGUGGCUCAAUAGGCUAAUCCUCCGCCUUGCGGCGCCGGCACACCGGGUUCUAGUCCCGGUCGGGGCGCCGGAUUCUGUCCCGGUUGCCCCUCUUCCAGGCCAGCUCUCUGCUGUGGCCAGGGAAUGCAGUGGAGGAUGGCCCAGGUGCUUGGGCCCUGCACCCCAUGGGAGACCAGGAUAAGUACCUGGCUCCUGCCAUCGGAUCAGCGUGGUGCACCGGCCGCAGCACGGCAGCUGCGGCGGCCAUUGGAGGGUGAACCAACGGCAAAGGAAGACCUUUCUCUCUGUCUCUCUCUCUCACUGUCCACUCUGCCUGUCAAAAAUUAAACAGAAAAAAAAAAAAACAGAAAGGCAGAGUGACAGAGAACCAUAUACACACAGAUAUCGUCCAUUUGCAUAUCUGCAGGUUCAUUUCCCAAAUUCCCACAACAGCCAAGGCUGGGCCUGGCCAAACCCAGGAGCCCAGAACUCUAUCUGGAUCUCCAACAUGGGUGGCAGGGACUCAAGCACUUGAGCUGUCACCUGCUGCCCCCUGGGGUGUACAUUAGCAGCAAGGAGGAUCAGAAGCAGAGGAGCUGGGAGUCAACCUAGACACUCCAAAAUGGGAUGCAAGUGUUCCAAGUCACUACCCAGCUUGCCUUGUGUCAAGUGCCCUCCCUGAUUAGAUCAUUCUUAAAA